AUGCACAACGAGUUUUAAUCUCAUAGAGGCAAAAAAUAGUUUAAAAUUGAGUCAUAUUUAUAAGGAAACAUAAUAAAAGCUAAAAAACUGAAUAAUAGUUUUCUAUUUCACAAUUCAAGAAUGAUUUCACUUUAAAAUAAUGGAAUGUUUGUUUAUUACAGUAAGUGUUUUAAAUGGCCUACUAAAUAAUUUGAUAAGCAUAAGGAAAAACCAAAAUAUGGGAUAUAUUUUAACAAUGUUUAUUAUUCAUGUGUUAAAAAUUCAGAGCAUGAGGUUGAACUGAUCAUAAAAUUUAAGAAAUCUCAGCUUUAUCAUUUUGAAAAUAUAUAUGAAAGUUAUGUUGAGGAGCCAAAAUGUUUAGAUAUAGUACUCUGGAUUUUCAUAAUACCAAUAAAUAAUAUAGUAGGUAAUCAAAAGUUUCAACCAGUUAGAGAGAUUGACAAUCUUCAUUCAUUAUUUACAAUAAAAGUAGUUAAUUAUGAUGAGAAGACUUAGAAAAGUAUUUCAUAACAAGUAAGGACUGAAAAAACUACAAUUGAGUAAAGAAUCAAUAAAAAAGAUUUCUAAAAUAAAAAAUAAGUAUAAUGGUUGGAUUUACAACCAGAGAAACGAAUUCAUUAAUAAAAUUAAUUACCUAAUUAUGCAAUAAAGUAUGAGUAAUUAAGUUAUGAUGAUUCAUGGAUAAUAAAUGAAGAGAGUAUCGAUCUAAAUAUGAAAAGUAUGUAAAUUAAAAGAUCAUCCUUACCAUGUUUCAUCUCUUUCAGAAAAUACAAUUGA